AUGAAGUCAUUAUCAUCACUUGUCGCCGUCAACGUGAAGGUUACUGAUGCCGAUAAGCCUCUAACAUGGACUGAUCCUAAUGGCAAUACAUAUCAUUAUUAUGAGCAUCCUAUGAUGAAGGCUACUAUAUUCGUAUUACUACAAGAGAUGUGUGAACGACUAGCAUUCUAUGGUCUAACUCCUAAUCUACAGACCUUUCUUAAGAUUAAUUUGGGUUAUACCGAUUCUGCAGCCAAUACAUAUAUUGCCGACUUCCAGGCUAUCAUAUAUGUCACUCCAUUAAUAGCCGCUAUACUCUCUGAUACGUGGUUAGGCGUAUAUAAUACUAUCCUUAUAUUCUCUGUGGUAUAUACUAUAGGGUUAGCACUAUUCUGUGUAGCAUCAGUUCCUAGUUUAUGUCAACCAUGGAUGGUACAUCUAUCACUUAUGGUACUCAUUACAUUAGGUAGUGGUGGUAUUAAAAGUUGUGUAAAUGUUAUGGGUGCUCAACAAUUCCAUCCUGAGCUGCAUAAAGCACUCAUUACUAGGUUCUUUACAUACUUCUAUUCAAGUAUUAAUAUUGGUGCAUUAGUUGGUGGUAUUGUUACUCCUAUAUUGGUCGAGGAUGUGUCAUUCUUUGUUGCAUAUCUCGUACCAUUCUUCGCUUUCAUCGUAGCAACAGCUGUCUUCCUAUAUGGUGGUAUAAUGGGUAGAUUCGUUAAGCCUAAACCACAAGGUUCAGCUGUAUUAGAGGUAUGCAAGGUUAUUGGGUGUGCUACUUAUAAGCUAUCCUUGGAGAAAUGUAAAAAGUCUAAUGGUGGACCAUUUGAAGAUCGUUUUAUUGAGGAUGCUAAGGAGAUAUUCCGUUUAAUACCUCUAUUCACCAUUAUCAUACCCUUUACCAUUGCUUAUGAUCAAAUGACUACUGCAUGGCUUACUCAAGCUGAGAAGAUGAAUCUUGAUACAUUUGGUUGGGAUAUGCCUGCAGCAUUAAUGCAGAAUAUCGAUAGUGUUGCAAUUAUCGUUAAUUCCCUCUUGAUUGAUGGUUUGCUUUAUUCAUGGCUCAGAUCUAGAGGCAAGAUGUGGUCUGUUCUUACACGUAUGUGUGUUGGAUCCUUGAUGGGUGCUGCAUCAUUACUACUUUCUCUUGCUGCUGAAUAUGCUAUAAUGUAUAGACCAUUAUAUACGGUAUCAGUAUGGUGGCAAGUACCACAAUUCUGGGUAAUUGCAGCUGGUGAGAUAUUCCUUACAUCAACAUCAUACGAAGUUGCAUUUACAUAUUCACCAAGCCAUCUUAAAGCAGUAUCAUCGGCGAUCAACUUGCUGUUCUUCGCUAUUGCCAAUUUUAUCGCUGGUGCCAUAUUUCAAGUAUGUUCUCCCUGGAUGCCUGAUUUUACUCCAUCAGAUUAUCCCAAUUCUGUUAUGUACUAUGGUUCCCAUUACGAUUACUAUUACCUUCUUUUGGCUGGUAUAUGUGUUGUUGGAGCUAUCAUGUGUUUAGCGCUUAUGCCUUACUUCAACCGUGUUGAUCGUGAAGCUAAGAAACGCCAAGCAGAAGAAGAUGCGGAAUUAGCAGUUGCGAAGUCCAAAAGUGACGAUGAAGAAGAGAAAACAGAUGAUGUUAAGGAUGAGGAAGCUCUUGCUGCAACUGAUGAUGAGUCUGUUGACGGUGUUACUAGUCAAAGCAGUGGAACUGGUAGCAGCAGUGGUAGAGAUGGACCACCGACGAGCGGCAAUAUUGAUACAGAUCGUCGUGGCAGCAGCCGUCUUUAAUAAUAGUAGCAGAAGAUUAUCUACUACUACUACUAUUGUUAAAGGUUCAUCAGUGGUGAUGAUAAUGUAUGCCUCACUUCGAUGAAUGUAUGAUGAGUCUUUGUUGUCUAUUUUCCUCGAGUUCAACAAUCAUCCGAUACUUCAUUAUGGCAUGUAUCAUUAUCCUUGCUGCUGGUCAACAAUUUUAAUACCUCUAUUUCUGCGCUUGUUUUACUGUCAUUGUUGAUAAUAUCCCUACUGUCGAUAACAUUUCUACUACUUCUACUACUACUUUAGUGUGGCGGCUUUUCAUGUAUCCUUCUUUGUUGCCUUUCUAUGCUUCUUCUGACCCUAGCUUUACUGUUCUGUUGUUGAUGUUGAUCCAACUUCUAGUAAAACUCUUCUUAUCGUUCUGAUGAUAAUAACGAAAAUAGUGUAGAUUGAGCAGUUUUACAGCCACAUAAUUACUGGCUGAAUAUAAUCAUAAUUCUAUCGAUGAUGAGCGGUUACUAAAUCAAUACUACUCUAACAGCUGUAUUCUUCGUAGUAUUCCGUCUUUGCCGUUGAAGAAUUAUGAUAAUCCUUAUUAUUAUUGAUGAUAAUACAGUCAUUAGUCAUGAGAUUAUGCUCGAUACUAAUGCUGUUGAGUAGGAUCCGCAAGCAGAUGACUCAGUAAUAUCCUUAGGAUGCCUCCUCACUACUUGAGUGUAUCCUAUCAACAUCAUCGUCGCCAACAUCAUAAUCUUUCUGUCUUCUUGUGUAUCACAUGAUGAUCAGUAUCGAUUAUCGUUAGG